CCGGCAACGGAGUCUCGGCCUGAGACAAAACGUGUGAAUUUUUAUCUUCCGCUGUUUUGUUUUAUUCAUAGAAGUCAAGUAUCUGCCACAACUACUGAUUGUAUGUAGUUCAAAAUGAAAGUGAAAAUACUUUCAAGAAACCCUGAUAAUUAUCUGAGAGAAACGAAAAAUGAUAUUCAUAAAAUCAAGAGGAAUUACGAUCCUGCUUUGCAUCCUUUUGAAGUUGCUCGAGAAUACACUCGUGCUGUGAAUGCUGUGAAAUUGGAACGUCUUUUUGCCAAACCAUUUGUGUAUUCUCUUGAUGGGCAUAAAGAUGGUAUUCAAUGUAUGCUGAAACAUACAUCAUCUUUGUCCUUCAUGUUUUCUGGAGCUUAUGAUGGAGAGAUUCGAGUUUGGAAUUUAGCUACUCAAAAGUGCCUCAGUUCAGUGCAAGCACAUGACGGUAUUGUUCGAGGAUUGUGCAUGCCAACUUCUGGUGAUCGUUUACUUUCUGUUGGUGAUGAUAAAAUUAUCAAACACUGGAACUUGGAAGAUUUAACCCAAAUUGAACCAGUUGAUGCCAUAGUCACUAAGUCUGUCUUGAAUGGCGUAACUUAUCAUAGAAAAAAGCCUUUAUAUGCCACAUGUGGUGAAAAAGUGGAUGUGUGGGAAAGCACGAGGUCCGAGCCUUUGAGGUCUCUUUCUUGGGGUGUUGAUACCAUAAAAGACAUCAAAUUCAAUCCUAUUGAAGUGAAUAUAUUAGGAAGUACGUGUAGUGAUAGAAGCAUAAUACUGUAUGAUGUAAGAGAAGCUUGCCCUUUGAGAAAGGUUGUUUUAGAAUUGUGUACUAAUGCUAUUUCUUGGAAUCCCAUGGAGUCUUUUGCUUUUGUAGCUGCUUCUGAAGAUUACAAUCUGUAUUCAUUUGACAUGAGAAAACUGAAAGUUCCUUUACAUGUUCACAAAGAUCAUACUUCUGCAGUUCUCGACGUUGAUUAUUCUCCAACUGGGAAAGAAUUUGUUUCUGGAAGCUAUGACAAAACUGUAAGAAUAUUUCCAUUGAAUUCUGGUAGAAGCAGGGAUGUUUACCACACAAAACGAAUGCAGAGAUUGACAUCUGUCUUAUGGUCAUUGGACAAUAAGUAUAUUCUUACUGGCUCUGAUGAAAUGAAUAUCAGAAUGUGGAAAGCUAAAGCAUCUGACAAGUUGGGAGCUCUAUCAUAUCGUGAGCGUAUGUCUUUGAACCAUUCUGAAAAAUUAAAAGAGAAGUUUGCACAACAUCCACAAGUGCAAAGAAUUGCAAGGCAUAGACAUGUGCCUAAACAUGUAUAUAAUGCUGCUAAAGAACAUCGCAUCAUUCAUGAAUCUAAGAAACGAAAGGAGGCUAAUCGAAGGGCACACAGCAAAGCAGGAACUGUUCCAUAUGUUAGUGAGCGUGUAAAGCACAUUGUUCAAGAAGAUGAAUAGUAAAAUUUGUAUAUUUAUAUUUGUAGAAACAUACUUUAAUAAAAUAUGUAUUGAUAUUUUUAUUUAAAUGCAA